AUGGGAAUAAACUCAUAUUUAAAAGAUGCAUUACCAGAAAAUGAAAAUUUCGAGUUAUUACAUAUUCUAAGUGUACCAAAAGAGACACAUCCAAUUGUUACCCAGAAUAUAUCUACAAGAAGGGAUUCUAAAAAUGUAACUAUUAAAACCCAACAUUUCUUUUCAUUAUUUUACCAUUCAAAGGUGAUAUUUGGGUUGGAAGUUUACGUUUAUAUUACUUUGUAUAACUCCACUAUAGACUCCCAUCCAAAAUUGGAUGCAGAACGUUUAAUAUUUAUUUCCAAAGCUGAUACCAGUGGUUACUCUGAUAUAAGAGUUAACGUCAAAGAUAUAACAAAUUCAAUUUUGUCCUAUUUAUUAUCUAUUGAUCCUAAUUUUUAUUUGAAAAAUGUAAAACCAAUACAAAGGAAACGAGAUAUAUAUACCAAACAAUUGAUACUUGGGUCAACAUCUACAAGAAAAGGACUGAAAAUAUUAUCAAAUAGAAGGAGAAAGGGGUUUAGAUUAGAUAAUGAAAAAAUUAACAAAAAUUUAUUUUCACACUUUACUUGUAAUCAGAAUAUUAUUACAAAAAUAACAUUAUUUACAAGACCUUCAGAGCAAUAUUUAUUUUCAAAGUCAUCAGAAUCAGGAAAUAAACAUAUUUUAGCUGGUAGCACUUUACUAAAAUGGUGGAUAUCUUUGAUUGAUAAAAACAUCCUUCACAAUUUUAAACAAGAUACAAAGGCGGCUAUGCAAAUUCCUGGAGAAAGUUCCUUAGAGAUUAAAAGAUACUUCAAGAGUUUAUUAUAUCCAAACUGGCAAGUAGGAGACAUAUUUGGUGGAACAGAUACUUCAUUAGCCGUUUAUAAAAUUCCUUUAUUCCCUGACGACCCAAAAUCAAGAUUCAUACGUCAGCUGGUUGAAGAGGGAAGAAUCCUAUCUGUCAAACUAUCAACAUUUUGGACUGAAUUACAAGAAAGGCAAGAAUUUCGUUUAAGUGAAACUGUGUCAGUAAUAGGUAUCGAAGGUUAUCUCUCAAAGUUACCGAUUUAUAUCCCUGGUACAGAUGAUAUAAUUAUAAGUGGAUCAAAAAAUAAAUUUAAUCGCAUCAAAUCAUACAUAACAGGAGAAGAGUAUGAUACCGAAGAAGGUGCUACUGAAUCAUAUUACAAUGUUAAAACAUAUUUAAAGGAACGGAUUGGAACAAAUCUGAUAUUGAUUAGUGGGUCUAAGAAGAAUUCAUUGAGUACAAGAACUGAGCAGUCAAAACCAAAAGUGACAAUACUGCAGGUUAGAAAAAAAACAAAAUAA